GAAAAGCCCCAAAACUAAAAAAAAUGGGCUCAACACCACAAAGGUACAAGGCAGCAUCAUGAUUCGCCAAGUUUCUCUAUAAAUUCCACCAUUUUUUAAGGGGAAGAAGGGGAAGUAGUAGUAGUCAGUUUUAGUCUGCAAGGCAAGGAUGGCAGGGAAUCAACAGCUGAAAGAGUCUAGAGUUGUGAAGGUAGAUUCAGAGGAAUCCUGGGAUUUGUUCUUCUCGCAAGCUACAAAUCAGGGCUGCCCAGUUGUGGUUCAUUUUACUGCUGCUUGGUGCAUUCCCUCUGUGGCCAUGACUGCUGUUUUUGAAGAUCUGGCCUUAAAUUACCAAGACAUGCUGUUUCUAGUGGUGGAUGUGGACGAGGUUAAGGAGGUGGCAUCCAAGAUGGAGAUAAAGGCCAUGCCCACCUUUCUGCUGAUGAGGGAAGGGGCUCAGGUGGACAAGCUUGUUGGGGCUAACCCGGACGAGAUCAGGAAAAGGACUGAGGCUUUUAUUCGCUCCUCUCGCUCCCAUAAAAUGACUUGAAUCUGUGAAUAUGCCAACUACAUCAUCAUCAUCAUCAUCAUCAUCAUCUUCUCUGAGUCUCUGCAGUUUUGGAUUCAUUUCAAUGUAUUUUUUUUAAUGUUAUUUGACUCUUGGGGGAAAUGUUUUGGAUUCAUUUCAAUGUUGUAAAUUAGUAAAAGAGUGAUGUAUUUUUUUUUAAUGUUAUUGACUCUCGGGGAAUUGUUGUCUAGAAGCUGAUUGAAGACUAAAAUGAAUUCAGAGAAACUCCCAACA